CUAACUAACAUUUCGGAGUUGCGAACUUCCACGAGAAAGUCUCAGUAACAAAGAAUGGUUAUAAAAGAAUUACCCUGACAUUCUAUUACUUUUUUUUGAAAUUUUUUUAUUUUCUGCUUUCAGCUAGAAGCUAGUCGGUUUUACAAAAUUAUAAGAGUUUUUUGAGAUCAAAGUAUAUUUAUUCGUAAUUCGCAUUAUGUCUUCAUUUUCGCGUUUUCAAAAAUGUGCUUUAACGGGCAUUGGUGCUUUAAGUGGCCUUGGUGGUCUUGCAUUUAUUUAUAAUAUCUUCAGUUCUCCAGGAAGUAAUCAAGCUCAAAGUAAUCAAAAACCUCUACAAGAAUCUCCCUUCAUUCACAAAUCCUGGACAACGAAUUUCACUCCUUCAGUAAACUGGGAUACUAAUUGGGAUAAAAGAGAUCCUAAGAGCUUGGUAAAACCUAGAAAACCAAGAAGUCCUGAAGACGAAAAUGAAUAUAAUAAGAAAAUUGAGGCCAAAAAGUCGAAAGCAUUUCGACAUUUGAUACUUAUUCGACAUGGACAAUAUAAUCUUGAAGGAAACACAGAUGCGGAGAGAGUACUUACAAAACUUGGUAGAAAACAAGCCGAGUGUACUGGAAAACGUUUGGCUGAAUUGGGUUUGCCGUAUUCAUUAAUUGUCAAAUCGACAAUGUCCAGAGCACAAGAAACUGCGUCGAUUAUUGAAGAAUUUCUCCCCAAAGUAGAAACUAAAAACGACAGUAUUCUUGUAGAAGGCUUCCCAAUUCCUCCGGAGCCUCCAGUUGGACAUUGGCGACCUGAAAGUUCCUUUUUUCAGGACGGUCCGAGGAUAGAAGCAGCGUUUAGAAAAUAUUUUCACAGAGCAGAUGAAAAACAGAAGGAAGAUUCGUACACAGUUAUUGUCUGUCAUGCCAAUGUCAUCAGAUAUUUCGCCUGCAGGGCUUUGCAAUUUCCUCCAGAAGCCUGGUUGCGAAUUUCUCUUCAUCACGCCAGUAUUACGUGGUUGGCGAUUCAUCCAAGUGGAAGAGUGCAUUUAAGAUGCCUCGGAGAUGCUGGUCACAUGCCUCCAGAAUAUCUCACAACGAGCUAGUGUCCCAAAUUGUUUUAGCAGAAUGAAUUGAUUUAAUAUUUUUGUUAUUUGCAUGUUUGUAAUGUUUUUUUUUACUAAAUUGAAACAGAUGCAUAAUUUUCUGUAUA